CGAGCCAACUCGGGUCCGUCGCUGGACACCAGGUUCCGGCUGUUCACCCGCCAGAACCCCCACAAGCCGUACUUCCUGUUUGCCGCGGAUCGCGACAGCAUCCUCAACUCUACCUUCAGUGCAAAAUGGGACACGAAGAUAUACAUCCACGGAUACCUCAACAGUGGGAAGCUCCUCGCUCCAGAAAUGGAACUGAAGGACCGGUUCCUUGUUCGUGGCGAGUACAACAUCAUCAUGGUGGACUGGGGCCGCAAGUCGCAAGACCUGUAUGGCCGCGUAGUUAAUCAAGUGGUUCCUGAAGUGGGACAGCAGCUGGCCGCCUUCAUUCGUGUCGUUCAGAAUGCUACUGGAGCCAGCUGGAAGAGCUUCCACCUGAUUGGCUGCAGCAUAGGUGCCCAUGUGGCUGGCUUUGCUGGGAAGUACCUCAACGGCCAAAUUGGACGUAUCACUGGCCUGGACCCCGCCUCGCCACGCUACAAGAACCUGCCUCCGCAGAAGCGGCUCUCACGGACGGAUGCCGACUUUGUGGACGUCAUUCACACUGACAUCUACGGCGUGGUACCCUUCGGAGGCUUCGGACUGAAGGAGCCGAUAGGCCACAUCGACUUCUUCCCCAACGGCGGCGACCGGCAACCAAACUGCUCCAGAGCGGACCUGCUGUGCGAGCACUUGCGUUCGUACGACUACUACAUGGAGACGAUCGCGACGGGGGGGCCUUGCGCCAUGGUGGGCUACGUGUGCGCCGACUGGUCCUCGUUCGUGGCCGGCCGCUGCACGGACUGCGGGGCGCGCAACGAUCGCUGCCUGCGGUUCGGUGAGCCCGCGUCGCAACACCGGGCGCUGGCCGACGCCUCGCGCUCGGUUCUUGUCUACCUGCGCACGGCCGGUUACUACCCGUACUGCGUGUACCACUACGAGGUGAGGCUGGAGGUGAUUGCCGAUGUGGCCAGCCGAUACAUCCUCCAGAAUUCGUCGCUCACAGUCACGCUGGGACCAAAAGUACAGCUGCACAUACCUCUCGUUACUGACAUCGCCACACCGGAGCACAGCGGUCUGCGCAGGGGAGAUGAUGGCGACGUGAUGGCUGACUUCAAGCUGCAACCGCCGGCUGUGCGCAGCUACACACGGCUCGCCACCAGCCUGGAACCCUUGGACGCCCUGCGUGAGGUCACUGUUGCCAGCGUCAGGGGCGACCACUUCGGCACCCUCGAGUCGCUCGUCAACUUCGUGCACAUGAAGCCAAUGAACCACGCUAGUCAGAGGGAACAGAUUGAAGGCUCGAAGCUGUUCUGCCCCGUUGGCGGAACAGUGGUACACCAGAGGCACUCCGUGCUCACUCUCACCGCAUGCACGGGAGCAGCAUGACUGCGUACGUGGCCUUAUGGAGGCAACGAUGAGGGGGCUCUUCAACAACGGUGCGGCACCCUGAAGAAGCAAGCUCUCCUCACCAUCAUCGCUGCGUUGGACAGUUGCCUUGGACCUAGGUCCGGGGUACUCGCUACAGCCAAUCUUUAUGAGGAGACAAAACAAUUUCUUGCUCGGCUGUUACGAUGAAACUGCUAUGGCAGAACUUCCAAAGCGCAGUGUUUGUUGAUGGAGAGAAAGAAUAGGGUUAAAGACACUUCCAAUGGGCGACUAUGGCUCCUUAAUAGCGUCACCACAUGCAACAUUUACGCAAUCCUCCUGUUCGCAGCCCGCCAUAGCGAAGGUAGGGCCUGUCAUAGUGAUGGAACUAGGGCCUAAUACCACAUCAGGCGAGCGGUAUUCCCUAUUGAGGAUACUUUCGCUUUCCCUACAGAUUGCGUGACCAACACCUGGCACGUCGUCGUCUACGAGCGACAGCGUUUCUGGCACUGCUCAGAAAGCGUGCUUCACACUAUGGCAUGAGUGUUGUCACUCGCGGACAUAGACAACACCGAUGUGAUCGGUGCCGUUCACGAGAAAUCUCGCAAAAGUUAAACCACUCCCGAAAGUGAUGGUCAAAGUAUACUGCUGCAGUAGACGAUAUCAUUAGAAAAACCAGAAGCCGCAGUAUAUAAAAAUGAUUUUCCUUCGAUCCCGUUCAUUCCUUAUCACACGUUCGAGCUGGAGGCCGAGACUGGUGGCAACGGAGGUAUGGCGUUGUGCCAGCACGGACAAAUGAAACAAGAAAUGACAGGAAUAUUUACAUAUUAUGGCCCCAGGCUUUACGGCCAACCAGAUUAAGUGCUCAGGAUUGGAGUCACCGCACGGCACACACGCAUAUCAAUAUGUUUCAAUUUCUAAUAUAUUGCAUGUUCAUCUGAUCACUCAUGUCCUCUGAAUCAGAGUACCUUGGUGCAUACCUUGGUGCAAGUUAUAGCAAAAGAAUUUCUGCCAAGCAUUCGCUAGUUCUUCCCAUUAGUUAGAGUGACCGCAGCGAACCCUUGUUCUCUAGUACCACAAGCACGUGGCAGCAGCAGUGCGCAAACCUACCUGUCUAAAAGAGCACCUGCUGACGUGUGCACCACGCUUGUUCGUGGUUACUUCAAGGGCCCUUCCUGUCAGCUUUUCUGUCACUUCACCUGUGGUAGCCAGUUUUGAGUUUGACAUAAUUGCUGAUAAAAGGACGCAUAUGAAAUUCAGGCACUGUGCAGCUCGAAAGGCGAAGCAACCAUGGCAAUUGCAAAGUAUGAGACUACUUGAAGUAAGGCUCGUAGUUUUAUCGGCCUUGUAAACUGGAGUAAACAUUCGCUUACUAAUUGAAUAACAAACAUGGUGCUACGCGCGAGGAGGCACACAUGAACAGGUUUCACUAAACGACCGCAAACACUCACUGUCACAAUGAGAGCGUGAUGCACAUGCAGAGAGAAGUGGGCGCUUCGUGUAGCGUCCCACUUCAACAAGUCUCCGACACUUGAGAUUACGCUACCUGAAAUAGUAGGUGUGUGCGCCCACAGAAGAUUGCCUCCAUGAUAGGGUGUACUUGUCUGGUAUGUGCUCUGCCACUCGCGCAGCCACUGACCUCACGGCUGCACUAGAGGAAGUUACCUGGCGCCCUCCUCUGCCUCUAAGGCGGGCAUUAUCACGUGUUCUGCAACAUUUUGCGCAUGGGAAAACGGCGCGCAUUAAGCCACCUUCCCUCGCGGGUCGCCGUCGCACUUUCAGUAUAUGGCGCACUGGGCGCGACAGGAUCUUGUCGCACAUGGGACUUUAAAUGGAACAUCCCGGUGACAGAAACCACUUCCGUGGAUUGUGUUCAUAUUUCCUGCAGAACAGUAGGGAAUUCGAGAAUCCCGAUGACAUUGUGUCUCUGGUUAGGUGUUUGUCCAUUUGUGGCAAUUAUGUCACGAAAAGUACCAAGUAGACCAGCAAGUUCAUCUUGAGCCUCUUCUCAAUUUUGACGGCCGUACUGAGUCCUGAUAGAUUAACCGUCAUUUACCCACGCGAGCUGUCUUCCUAUCUUGCGGCACUGAGAAAAGAUUGGUUAGUCUUUAUUUUUGCUCCUUUGAUCACUUGGCGAGCAGUGGACCUUGCGUAAAAGUCAGAACAUCAAAUCGGAAUGUUCGCAAGUACUCUGUAAACAUAAUGUUUACAGCUCUUGGCAUUUUCUUCGGCGCCGUGUCUAGCUGAUAGGUAGGCGAGGAUUGCUCAUAAAUUUUUAAACCAUAGGAACUCUGCCUUGAACAACACUCUUUUUUUCAGGGCUUACAGUACAGUGAGCUUGGGUGUAUUUAUGAGAUUGCCGAUAGGAGAAGCAAUAAAAUACAUAUACUAUUUAUUGAACCUA